AAAAAAAAGAAAAAAAAACCCGAAAUAAACCAAUUCUUAUAAUAAAAUGACGUUAAGCUCUGCACAACAGGAUUGUGUUGCAGCUAAGGUACUUCGUAGAGCAGAAAUAUCACGUAUGACUCGGUUAUUAAAAUCUCGACUUACUUUGGCUACAUAUAAGACUAGUCGUGGUUGGCAGAAUCUUGCACUUGAGAAUAUUGCACCCCGUCUUACUCAGGAGGUUAAAUUGAGUAAGAAUCAUCGUUCAGAUCCUUUUAUUGUGCCUACAACGCAAUCAGAAUAUUUUGUAUCGAAGAAGCGGUCUCACCCAACAGAAAAUACACCGGUCUGGUCGAACAGGGUUCGUUUACAUCAAUCGUCACCGGUUCAUAAAAACCAUUCGGUUGAUCCAUUUUUGUCAUCAAAUUAUUUGAAUACAUAUCAUUUGAUACGACCAACACAAUCGAGUCCACCUAGAACACCGCCAUAUAGACCAUCUAUGCGUACAAUGACACCUCAUACAGGAGAAGAAGGAGUUGAUUUAUUAAUAUAUUUAGCAACAUCACCUUCUCAUGCAUCAUUAUCAACUCGAUUUCCGCCAAAUACGCCUCAGAAUUUUGAUUUUUCAGACUUUGUUAAUAUUACACCUUCACCGGCACAAGUAGCAUGGUCUUCUCGAACACCGGGAAGUACGCCUGCACGAAAAAAAUUAACAUAUGAUCAAACAUUACCUUUAUCUUCUUCUCCAGCGACACCAGGUCCUACGUUAAGAGUAGAUACAGGUUCAAUGGAGCUUGGCGGAGAGCUAUCUAUAUAAAUUAAAAGGUCUUAUGUGCAUUGAGUAUUGUUUAUGUCUCUAUAUU